CAUGAGAGGACAACCCUCUAUUCUUUGCUGCCUCGCCGCCUGCUGCUGCGGCCCAGCAGCCGCCUUUGCGCCUCAGCUUGCCCCUCGCCACGGCCGCCAGUGCCGCGUCGCACGGCUCGUAGCUGCCGAGCCGGCGGCGGUGGCGGCGCAGAAGCCUGCCGGCCCUCCGAUACCUGGCGGCGGUGGCGGGCCGCCUCCCGGUGGCGGCGGUGGCCCUCCCAAGGGCGGCCCACCGGAGCGGACGGCGGUUCAGAAGGCCCUCGACACACUAUUCGAGCUCGCCUUCAAGGUGCUGUACGCGACGGAGCCGGACCUGCGGCUCGACUCGUACAAGAACCUGCAGGUGCUCUGGGUGCGAGCCCUCCUCGCCUCCUCCGGCCAGCUCGAUGACCCUGUCGCCUACCAGCUGCUGCCGCCCGCCUCGCGCUGGCUCGUCUCGCCGGCGGUCGCGCCGCUGUGGGCUCCGGUCCUCCCCAAGCUCGAGUGGAUCGCGCAGCGCACCUCUUUCCUAGACUCGACGCUCGACGCGUGGAUCGACGGGCUGAAAGCGAGCGGGGUCUCGCCCGACGAGGCGCAAGUCGUCCUGCUCGGCGCGGGGCGCAGACACGCGCCGCGCCGCGAGAUUGCACCCGCUGACCCGAGCAUGCGUCGAGGCGCAGGCGCAGGGUACGACACGCGCGCGCUGCGCUACUCGGGCGACCAGGCGCCCGCCUUCUACGAGGUGGACCUGCCCGUCGUCACGCGCGCCAAGGGCGUCCUCUCCUCGCGGUACGCCGCGGCGACCGGCGUCCGCCAGCCCGCCAUGCUGCCGCUCGACCUCAUGACUUGCGCCUCGGGCGCGCACACACUUGACCGCCCCCUCUCUGCUGCCACAGCCCCCUCUCUGCUGCCACAGCCCCCCUCUCUGCUUGCCCACAAACCUUUUCCGCGAAAGCUUCCUCUUCUCUCGGACCCCCUUCCCCCGUAG